AUGGCCUCUCCAUCGGUGGGCUUCAACAAUUUGGGCGCCUCUUGUUUUCUGAACUCUGGCGUGCAAUGUCUCUUAGGAGUACCAGAGUUGGUAUCCGUGAUCCGCGGUGGCUUCCAUGGCUCCAGUGAGACAGAGAAAGCAUUAAGAGCAGUGCUCGACAUGGUCCAACAGCAGUCAGGCUCGCUGAAUCCCAAACCGUUGCUAGACUUGUUCUACCGCGGUCGUCAAGAGGAUGCUGCCGAGUUCGUGCUCGGGCUGCUUCAGAACUGUUCCAGCACGCACCCAAUCUUCCAAGGUGAAGAGCAACCACGACUGAGGUGCAGCCACUGCGCCUAUAGCCGCGCGCUGAGAGCAGAAUCUUUUCUGUCGCUCCAGCUACCACUCAUGGGGUCGACACCAAUUCGAUCAGUGCAGGAGGCUCUCAACGCCUACAUAAACGCAGAGCACAUGCAGGAAAAUGUGGCAGAAUGGUACUGUCUGAACGAAGGAUGUCUCAAUUCCGGACGCGCUCUAGACGAUCCAGUACACCAAACUCGGAUCACCCAGUGGCCCCGUGUACUGCUGUUGUGCUUGAAGCGGUGGGACUCUGCCUACGGACUCCUCGGGCACCAGGUCUACUGCAACAACAUCAUUACGGCAGAGGGCAACACAUACAGCUUGAAGUCUCUCAUCACGCAUAUCGGAGCCCAGCCAUCGUCUGGACAUUACGUCGCCUAUCGGCGUUGCCAAGAAGGAUUCAGACGAUUUGACGAUGCUCGCGUCACUUCCGCCGACAACGUCGCUGGCUUUUUCAGCUCGGUGCCCGGGGAGAAGGUCUACGUGAUCAUCUACCGCAAGGAGGACGUUCUCCGACGUGUGGACCCAGACCCACAUCAGCACAAUGCGAACUCCGAUGCAGAUUCUGACGUUGUUCCAUGCUUUGACAGCAAGCCCGACGCCAAGCGCAAAAGCAUCGACCUGGACUCUGACUCGGAUGAGAAAGGCGAAGCCUUGCGCUAUUCGCAACAACAAGCAGAAGGCCACGAGCAAGCAAUCAUCGAUCUCGACUCCGGCUCGAACAAGGACGACGAGGACCCCGAGCAACCUCCAGACUCUAUCAGGAAGAGGAAAAUCAUUAACCUCGAUUCCGACUCCAAUGAGGAUGACAAGGCUAAGGACUCAUGCCGACAACAGGCGUCUGCAAGGCGCUUGCAAGGCUUGUUGAACUACAGCGAAGAGGAGCUCCAACAGAUAGCAGCAGUGAUACGUGGCAGCGCCAGUGCCGCAGAGGCCAUUCGCACAUUGUCCGGUAGCCUGCCCAAGUUCACGGUCAAGGAUGCUUCCGCCGACACAUACAUUUCUCCGCGCACGGUACGCAGGUGGUUUAUGAACAACAGUGUCCUCAGCAAAGCCAUUGCCAGUUGCACCAAGAAGCUCAAAGGUAGCCAGGCGAAGACGGCCCAGGCCAAGCCACGAGAUCCCUACGUCGGAAGCGCGCGAAGUGCUUUGGAUCCAGAAGCGUGCGCGCAAGUCUCGGAUGCUUUGGAGAAGGCUGACUCAGUGAACUCCCUGAUAGCAGCGCUCUCAAACACGUUGCCGGGCUUCAGCUCUGCUGACGAAACUGCUACCAAUUACAUUCCACGCGCUACCCUGCACAGAUGGCUGGCCCGCAGCAAGAUGUCGGCAUGGUUUGCAGCAAAGACGUCAGUGCCGUGGAACAAGGAGUUUGAGCAGAGCUUCAGCGUCGCAUGCCCCAAGCCAAUGAAGCGCCGCGCUGCCGACAUCUCCGCCGACGACCCGGACGGCCUAUGGCUGCUCAAGGGCUCGUGGUCCUUUUGCCCGCGCUGCGGGCGCCGCCGUGCUCGUGCUCGAAUGCAAGUUCAUGACGAGCCUUCAGUAGCUUGCCAUCCAAUCUGCUCCGCCGACGCCAUGGACUUGCUGGCGCCACCAAAAUCUACCGUCACAAUCGCCAAGGUCGGCUUUGAAGGAUAUGUCACACCCAUCAUGGAAUAUUGGCGUCCCUGGGUAGACUACAUCGGCAGCGGGCAACUGCCCCUGACAAGGCUGUUGUCAGAAGAAGAAUUGCAUGGCCUCGCGGUCGUGGACAUCAAGGUGAACUUCCGCAGCCGGCGCGGAGGGCACGCUGACAUCCUAAGCAAACAAAAGCUCAGCGUGGCACGCUGCCGAUGGCGAGCGACUUCCCUGCUGGAAGUCCGCCGAAGCGAUAUGGCUGCGCGAGCAUUUAGCUGGCUACUGGACAACAACAGCACCUACGCAGCCUUCGUGGACCGCCACACUAAGAUGACCCAGGACAGCUGCCAUGCGAACGAAGCCUGGCGUGAGGUGCCUACUGCGGAGUUGCUCUUGAACACUCCCGGCAUCGAGGUGGCGGCGCGACCGUGGCUUUAUCCUUUGGCUAGCUUUGCUGACACCGAUCUGACGCAGCGACUGCAGACAUUGGGUUGGAUUGAUGGCAGACAGAAACCCAGCAUCCGGACAGGCUUCCUCAGAAAGAUCAUGAGCCGAUGUCUGGAUUAUGCUCGCGACUUUCCGUUGCAUUGCCUGCAGUUUGAUGUGUGCAUGGCCCGUACCAUCACCUCUGUGAUCCACAUCGCCAACCAAAGACACGUCGCGCCAGAACAGAUUGCAGCAGACAUGGACAUGUUUGAAGGGUACUGGCAUCAGCAACUACGCAAAAUGGAGGAUAUAUGCAGACAAGAACAUGAACGCACUGGGGACAUGGCCCAGGCCUUGCCGAAUAUUUUCUUCACAGUUGCACCAGCAGAGUGGAAAUACAUCCUGCACGACGGUGUCUUUUGCGAGGACGCCUUGACCAAUCAACAGGAUAUGAUCACGUUGCACAUCUACCACACACUUCAGGCUUUGCUCGAGACCCAUCUAUUGAAAGCCGGAGAAAGCUUGCACCGAGUGGGGAUCGCUAACAUCCGACAGUGGAGUUUCCGCUUCGAAUUCCAGUCGCGAGGCACUCUUCAUUUGCAUGCUGUCCUGUGGGCAGACCUGUUGCCGACCUGGUCGGCUGAGCGGAUUUGCGGCCGCACUGGUUCCAAGAACUCGGCCUUUGCCUCUCUGUUGGAAGGGCUGUUCAAAUCGCGGGUAGAUGUCCAAUGCGGCGAUGGCAGUCACGCGCUCCUGAAAUAUGUUGCCGGCUAUCUCACCAAGGCAUCUGACGCGCUCCAGUUCCAGACCAAACAAGCUCAGAGCGAUCAGUCUCAUUGGAGACAGGCAUAUAGGUUGCUGGCAAAAAAGUCGCCCAUGGAACAAGAGAUGCUGAUGGAGUUUUCUGGUUUGGCCAUGGUCAAACACUCCUUCUCGGGUGUGGCCAUGCAUGCACCGAUCCCUGGUAGCGAAGCCCAAAAUGUUUCGCGGCAGCAUUACGCGGCCUAUCAGCACUACCUGAAGCAACCAGGCGACACCUUCGGCGAAGCCACAGGCUUCAGCUUCAUACAAUGGCUUCGACGCUAUCGUCUGGUCAGCGGCAAGGACAACAAAAACAAUGCUCUCGCAAUGAGGAACCAAGCCGGUCCUGCCAGAGGAAAAGAUUGCGGGGUGGCCAUUACCUUUCCGUUUGAGCUUCUAGACAUCUUCGUGGGUGCCUGGGCAGCUUCCUGUAUGGUAGGCAUGCUCGAAGAGCGUCUCCUGCCUGACCCACUGACCGUCAACAGCAUUCCAGGUUUUGAGACGGAACUCUUGCGCCGUCGCUCCUUCGAAGCACCCGAAGGCUGCCGCCACCUCAAGGCAGUGCUGAGCCUCGACGACUUCCAGCUCCCAGGCGCUGCGCCAGAACAGUUCAACCCCGACGUCGGCAAGUUCUUGGUCGAGAUCGAUCGCGAGCUGAUGUUCCGAGGUCUAGGGCAGGAUCGCAUCGCCACCUUCAAAGCCAGGGUGAAUGCCUGCACGCUCCUGCUAAUCAAAAUCCGGGACGGCCAGGAAGAUCCCGCCCUCUGGAGCGCGCGCCGCAUCCCAGGCACACCGGCACGGACUUGGUCACCGGAGCAGCAGGCGGUCUUGGACGCGAUCCGUAUCGGAACCCGCAUCAGCGAUGCGGCAGCCGCUGCCAGCAGCAAUCGCUUGCUUCAAGUUUCCGGCGGGCCUGGCACGGGAAAGACCGAGGUGGUCAUCGCUGCGGCCCGACAAGCACUUCAAGACGGCUGUCGAGUGCUCAUCGCAGGUCCAAUCGGUCUCCUGGUCUCCAUGUAUAGGCUGCGCCUUCCGGCGACAGACAACCUCACCAUGGAGACCAUUCACUCAGCCUUUCAGCUCGUACGGGAUGCUGAUACAGCCUACAUACCCCCGGGGAGGCUGCGGCGAUACGACCUCAUAAUCUUCGACGAGGUCAGCCAAGUUGAUAGCGAGUCCUGGGCAAAACUCAAGACAGCCCUAGGAGAGCUAGGCUCGAUCCCCUUCGUGGUCUUCGUCGGCGAUUUCCAGCAACUACAGCCCAUCACUGGGCCGCCGCAACUGCAGCUGGAUCUCCAGCGCCAAGUUCAAGAAGGACGGCUACCUCUUGUGGAACUGAAACAUCAUGAAGCGGCGCGGUCCGUGGAUCCCGAGAUGCUGAACUUCCUUCACAUGGCUCGUGUUCAGCAACCCACACGAGCUGUCUUGGAAGACUUCUUCAGAGGACGAGUGUGGACUUCGGAUGCCAAUAAAGCUGUGCACCAGGCCCGAUGCAUCCAAGAAGCAACAGGAAAGUCUUUUACUUUCCUCACCGUCACGAACCGCGGAGCGGCCACCCUGAACGAAGCAUGGCUGGCCAUGGAGUUUCCCGAGGAGGCCAACAUCCUCGCCAAAGGUGGCGGAAUUCCCGCCGAGACCGGGCAAGUUGUAUUGGCACCGGGCAUGCGUGUGCGCCUGACCUACAAUGUUGACAAGGACCGAGGCUUCGUCAACGGCAACACAGGGGUUGUGCGGGUUAUCCUUCGGAAAGACAUUUUCGUGCUGCAAAGCAGCCAAGAUGUGGCCGUUCUCGUGCACCCAAUCACCCUCAAAGGACGGAAAUUCCUGCCAGUAUCCUACGGCUGGGCCACGACAAUGAGGCGUGCUCAAGGCGCCACACUCGACCAGGUGGGACUAUGGUUCGAUAGACGCCUAGCCGAUAGAGGCUAUGCUUACGUCGGUGUGUCAAGGGCCAAGCGUCGCAAUGACGUGUACUUGAUGGGCAGCAUCAGGCGAACGGACUGGCUACCUGUGGGAGGCGGCUGCGCAGAUGAACAGCGCACUCUCUCCGCCCUCAGUGAGACGUCCGAAGACGAAGACGACCGUUCAGACCACACCGAUUCUCCAGACGAUGAUGACCCUUCAGACCACACCGAAUCUUCAGACGAAGAUGACCGUUCAGACCACACCGAAUCGCCUGAGUCGAAUUCGCAGGAUGUAGAUUUCAGCUCAAUCAGCCUCGAGUAA